CAUAAAAAAGACUAGAUACUAUUGAAUGAAAGAGAAAACCAAACACACAAAGAUAAAAUCCCUCUCAAAAACUACCAUAAAAAAGGAAGAAAAGAAAAUGACGGAGACGCCCGACGAGCCGCUGUCCCCGACCGGGCGUCUCUUCAUGCAGCCGAGCUCCGACGAAGUCAUCAACUGCGUCGUCGCCGGCGAGAACCCCAUCGCCCUCGACUCCCUCAAAUCCGAAAUCUCCAAUUCAUUGAUGCUCAAGCAUCCUCGCUUCUGCAGCCUCAUGCUCCGCGACGGCCGCGGCCGCGAGCACUGGCGCCGCACCGCCGUCGACGUCGACCGCCACCUCGUCGUCCUCCGCGCCCGCCUCGCCGGCGCCGACGACGACGAGGCCGUCAGCGGCUACGUCGCCGGCCUCGCCUCCUCGUCGCCGCUCGCCGCCGACAAGCCGCUCUGGGAGAUACACGUGCUGGCGGCGCACAACGCCGUCGUCUUCCGCGUGCACCACGCGCUCGGCGACGGCGUGUCGCUCCUCUCGCUGCUCCUCACUCACUGCCGCCGCGCCGAUGACCCGGCGCGGCUGCCAACAGUAGGCGGGAGCAGAGCCUCUGCCGCGUCAGCGUCAGCGUUGCUGACGCGGCGGGGGUGGGGGGUUUGGGAGUUUGUGAAGGUGGUUUGGUUUACCAUUUUUUAUGUGGUGGAGUUUGUUUUGAGGGUGGCGUGGCUCAGCGAUCGGAGGACUGUUGUCAGUGGCGGAUCCGGAGUGGAGCUCUGGCCGCGGCGCCUCGCCACGGCCAGGUUCCGCCUCGCGGAUAUGAAGAUCGUGAAGCGAGCCGUGCCUGACUCGACCAUCAAUGAUGUACUCUUUGGAAUAAUCUCAAGUGGGCUCUCUAGAUACCUUGACAUGAGAGAAUCUAAAGCUCUGAGGAAUGGUAUUCAAAUCACAGGCAUUGCCAUGGUCAAUCUCAGACCCCACACUGGAUUACAGGAACUCUCCCAGCUGAUGACCGGUGAUCCCGGUAGCCGGUGGGGCAACAAGUUCGGUGUGAUUCUGUUGCCUGUUUAUUACCACGGAAGCGAGUCGGAUCCUCUGGAGUUCGUCAAGAGAUCGAAAGCUAUGAUUGACAAGAAAAAACUAUCUUUGGAGGCCCCCUUCUCUUACAAACUCAUGGACUCCAUCAUUUCUCUCUUGGGUCCAAAGUUGGCCAGCAUGCUCAAGUACCGGCUUCUUUGCAACACCACGUUCACUGUUUCGAACGUCGUGGGGCCUCAGGAGGAGAUCACACUGGCCGGGAACCCGGUCAAGUACAUCCGGCCCACUUCCAGCAGCCUGCCUCAUGCGAUCACGAUGCAUAUGAUGAGUUAUGCAGGGAUCGCGGACAUGCAAAUCUUGGUGGCCAAGGAUGUCAUCCCUGACCCCCGAGUUCUCGCAAACUGCUUCCAAGAUGCCCUGCUCGAACUCAAGGCCGCUGCAGAGGCUGCCCUCAAAUCUUGAAGGACAAGAUUUUUUAUUUAUUUAAC